UGAAAAUUUAUGGGCAGCCAGAAUUCUUAAAAUAUUAAUAUCUCUUUCCUCUUUUUCUCUCUGCUAAGUGCUUCUAAACACACUUAUUCUGAGAAAUUAGCUUUAGCUUCAAUCCCAUUCUACUACCCAAUUUUGCUUUUCAAUUCCAUAAAGUUCUGUUACUUUUUCCUCUCAAAAAUUCAGUGAAAUGGGUGUUCUCAAGCUCCUCUUCCUGCUGCUCUUAAUGCUGAUUUCUUUAUCUGCUCCCACAGUGGCCGGAAAAACCACCCGCCACCGUCACCGGCGGCUCAAAGUUCACUCCCACCUGAAGAAGCUGAAUAAACCUCCUGUCAAGUCCAUCAAGAGUCCAGAUGGGGAUAUAAUUGAUUGUGUUCAUAUGGCUCAUCAACCAGCUUUUGAUCAUCCUCUUCUCAGAAACCACACAAUUCAGAUGAGUCCAAAUUUUCAUCCAGAAGGGAUUUUAAGGGAAAGUAAAGUAUCUUCAAAAGCUUCAAAAUCAAAGGAUAUAACUCAAUUAUGGCACUUGAAAGGAAGGUGUCCAAAAGGGACAAUUCCCAUUAGAAGAACAAAAAAAGAAGAUAUUUUAAGAGCUAGUUCAGUGAAAAGCUAUGGAAAAAAGAAGCCUCAUGCCACUGUAAAACCAACCUCCAUUGAUAUUGAUCUCAAUGGACAAAAUGGACAUCAGCAUGCAAUCAUAUAUGUUGAAGGAGGACAAUACUAUGGAGCUAAAGCAACUAUAAAUGUUUGGUCCCCAAAAAUUCAACAAACAAAUGAAUUUAGUCUCUCACAGAUCUGGAUUCUUGGAGGAACUUUUGGGGAAGAUCUUAAUAGUAUUGAAGCUGGUUGGCAGGUCAGCCCUGAUUUGUAUGGAGAUAACAACACUAGACUGUUCACUUAUUGGACUAGUGAUGCAUAUCAAGCAACUGGUUGCUAUAAUUUGCUCUGUUCUGGGUUUGUUCAAAUCAAUAAUGAAAUAGCCAUGGGUGCCAGCAUUUUUCCUAUUUCUUCUUACAAAGGUUCUCAAUAUGACAUUAGCUUGCUCAUUUGGAAGGACCCUAAGGAAGGAAACUGGUGGAUGCAAUUCGGAAAUAAGUACGUUUUGGGGUAUUGGCCAGCCUUCCUAUUUUCAUAUCUGACCGACAGCGCCUCCAUGAUCGAAUGGGGCGGCGAAGUUGUUAACUCUGAAUCCGACGGCCAACAUACUUCCACUCAGAUGGGCAGCGGCCACUUCCCCGGCGAGGGCUUCGGCAAAGCCGGCUACUUUCGUAACAUUCAGAUUGUUGGAGAAUCCAACAGCCUCCGAGCGCCGGAGGACAUCGGAACUUUCACCGAGCAACCGAGUUGCUAUGAUGUUGAAAACGGCAAGUCCGACGACUGGGGGAAUUACUUCUUCUACGGCGGCCCCGGCAGAAACCCUAACUGCCCCUGAUUUGGAUGGGAUAUUUUCUUUCUCCUCUAAAUAUUAUCAAUUUAUAAAUAUAUAUAUAUAAAUGCAUUUCUUGUGCAUUAUUAAUUAUAUUUUUAGUGGGUUUUUGUUUUUAUUUUUAUUUUCAAUUUUAUUUUCUUUUGAGAUGUUUAACUGAUGAAAAAACCUCUCUCUCUCUCAGUCUUUCUGUAUGUGAUAGAGGUUCAUUUGUUUGUUUUCAUAAAGCUUAGAAACAGAGGCUGAUGAUUUGUUCUAUCUCUUUGGAAAAUGUGUAUAAGUGUGCUUAAUUAUUUGGGAAA